CUCAGGUAGAUGUAGAGAAAAUGGCGAUUCUCGCCAACAAUCACAGGGCUGGCGGUGCUAGAUCGUCGAGCGAUGCCGGCGCCGCUGCGCCCCGGAGAAUGCUGGCGGUGAAGCUCGAGGAUUCGGAGGUUUCUACGGAAUCGGAGCUCUCGGACAAGGGUAUGGAGACUUGCCAGGUCGGGGAAUCCAUCGCCAGCUUCCCAUUCGAGCUGUUUGAUCUUCCCGACUUGAAGAACAUUUUGUCCCUGGAGACUUGGAAUUUCUACUUGUCCGAGGAGGAGAGGGAGCAGCUCAUGGCUUUCAUGCCCCCGGAGAUCGACCAGGAGGCAUUUGCGACGACGCUCAAGGAGCUUCUCUCGGGCACUAGCAAUAUCUUCUUCGGGAAUCCAAUGGCCCAGUUGUUCGAGAGCUUGAAAGGAGGACAUUGCCAGCCCAAUGUGGUGCAGUACUCGGACGGGAUUAAGUGUCUCCAGAGGAAAGAGCACUACCAGCUGCUGAGAAAGUACCACAAUUCCAUGGUGAGCUCGUUCGUGGAGAUGCAAAAGCUGUGGGAGGAGUAUCCGGACGUGGAGAUCGAGGGGAGGCUAGAGAUUUGGAGGAAGUGGAAGGACACCAAGGUGAAGCCGCAGCUCCCAAAGGUGGCUGAGAAGACUUUCAAGGCUGUCCAGAAGGCGAAGAUGCCCGAGACAGUGAAGGAUGCGUUGAAGAGCAAGGCUGCCGAGCCAGUGGCUGAAGCCGUGCAUGGGAACACGAGGAUGGUAGCGAAGGGAGCUGUAGCUAAGCCGGGCUUAGCAAAGGCUGGGAGAGCUGCCUCCAAAGGUGGUGUUGUGAAGAAGUCUGUUCCUGGGAAGGCUGAGAACGCGGCGUCUCCAGUCUCGGAUGAUCCGGAGGCCUUUGGAAAUGACAGUGGUGGUGGUGGCGGGAAUACAAGCUCCUCGCUGACGAGUGGCGAGAAGAAGAGGAAGUCGAAUGUGGAGAGGGCUUCGGUGGCCAAGCGGACCAGGGAGGAUGAGAGUAUGACGAGCUCGGAAGAUAGUGACAAGAAGGCUUCCAGUGUGGGAAAGCAGAGAAUGCAAGCUCUUGUGGACGUUGGAGUGGCGAAGGCCGAGCCAGGGAACGAGGAGGCAGAGCAGAAGAAGAAGACGAAGAAAAAGGUGGCGGCUGAGAAAGAGGUUUCGGAAUCUCCACCACCGUCGAAGGUUAUCAAGAAACUGGGAGUCACCUUCCCAUUUUCGAUCAUCUUGUUCCUGUCGGCUCUGAGGCGAGCUUUGCUGACGCCGGCCAAGGACAGUGGCCCCAACGUUGACGCAGCGUUAUCAAAGAAUGCCAGCAGUGGCCCGUCGAGUCCGACUGAUGACAACGGCAGUGACGAUGGCGCAGCAAAAGCUGGUUUUUUCUGCGUUCCCUUCUCGGAGGUUGUCAGCAGAGUGCAGGAAAAUCCAGGGGAUCGAAAAGUCCUCCAGGCUCAGGAGCCACUGCAAGACUUAGCGUGGGGAGCAUUGAAAGUCCUAUCAUCCAAGAUUGCUCCUGCCGGAGCCAAGGGGUGGAAGCCGCUCACGACUUACGAGAAGGAGUCGAAGUCUUGGUACUGGAUCGGCCCCCAGGGAUCUGUGGACGAGUCUGGCAACAUGCUGGCGGACGACUGGGGUGUACCGUCCAAGAUCCUUUCGAAGCUGGAAGAAGCGUUUGCGACGUGGUACAAGCACGGCGAAGAAACUCGGCAGCAAAUGGUCCAGUUGCAACUUCCGCCGCCUCCGGUUGCCUCGGCGGCCGUGGACGAGAGGGAGAGAUUCAGGGACAUGCGAGCGCAGAAGAGUCUGAUAACCAUCGCGCCGAGCUCGGAAGACAUGAGGUCCUACUUCCGGAAGGAGGAAAUACUUCGCUACUCGGUACCAGACCGGGCGUUUGCUUACACGCGCUCGGACGGGCAAAAGUCGGUGGUGGCUCCUUUGAGAAGAGGCGGGGGAAAGCCGAACUCCAAAGCCAGGGACCAUUCCAUGCUCAAGCCGGACCGGCCUCCGCACGUCACGAUUCUGUGCCUGGUGAGGGACGCUGCUGCUCGGCUUCCUGGUGGCGUGGGGACACGGGCGGACGUGUGUGCAUUGAUCCGGGACUCACAGUUCGUUGUCGAGGACGUUUCCGAGGCUCAAGUUCACCAGGUGGUGAGUGGUGCCUUGGACAGGCUUCACUACGAGAGAGAUCCGUGCGUACGCUACGACGGCGAGAGGAAGCUCUGGCUCUACCUCCACACGGAGAGGAGCGAAGAGGACUUUGAGGACGACGGUACUUCGUCGACCAAGCGGUGGAAGAGGCAGAAAAAGGACGCAUUUGAAGGUGGCGGCGUCGGCGUUGGCGAGCUGCCACCGGGGUGCUACGAAAACGGCUCGCCUGGCGGGAUGGAGCAAGAUGGCGGAGGCAGCGGUGGUGGAAACGGUAGCGGCGGCGGCGGCUUUGGAAUCGAGCUGAGACUCCCGGAAACUACGACGUCCGCCAUCUACUCUGCCGGCAGGACGGAGCUCGUGUACAGCAAGAGCGGCUCCCUGUCCAGUCCCAGAGUUCUCAACGGCAGUGGCUCUCUAGCGGCCGAUCCAGCAAUGCCUUCGUACAUGGAGCUCCUCCCUCCGGCAACUCGUCCCAUUCCAGCGCCGUGGGAAGCUCACGCUCACGCUUCCUGGAACCAGCAAGGCGUUGUCCAAGCCGGACAACAAGAACAAACACCGCAAGAACAGGCAGCUUGGAGUCAGCAUGGCUCAUCGCCGCCAUCAUCAGCAGCAGGAGUAGCACAGCAAGAUCCAACCGAGUUUGUCGACGUAGAAGCCAUGGCUGCAGCAAACAGGGACGCAGACGCCAUGAUCACUGGAGACUGACAGCUAGUGAAAAGAGAUCUUCCAGAAGUGUAAAAGCCAAAAUUGCGAACAGCGUUUGUUCGUUUUCCUAUGUCCCCUUGUGUUCUCCUAGUAAGUCACUCGAACAGUUUUCUC